AUAUAUAUAUAAUAAUCUGCAAGCCCAUAGAAAUGGAACAGUUCUGGAACAAUUUCAAGUUGAAGGUAUAACGGUAGUUGUAAAAUCACGAAACAUCGAAUAGAAGAAUAAUUGUCGACUUUAACGCAAUUAUGAAGGCACGGAUUAUCAUCGCUUUUUCUCUUGCCGUUAUUCUUGUAUCCUGCCAAAGGCAAGAUGGUGAUAUGAAUCGUUUAAGGGAUAAAUCUUUCGUAAAGAAACAGCUCGAUUGUAUUUUAGAAAGAAGACCGUGUGACAAAAUGGGACAAAAUAUGAAAGAUUUGAUUCCAAUAAUAGCGUAUAAUAAUUGCCAGCGAUGCAAUCCACAUUUAAAACAACGCUACGCAAUAUUGCGAAACUUCAUGCUACAACAUUAUCCUAACGAAUGGAAUGCUAUAAUUCGACGUUAUUCAAGAGGUCCGCCUAUUCAAGGUUAAAUCAGUAUAAUCCAAUCAUUUUGUUUUAACACGAUUGUCCUUAAGCUGCUGUACAAUAAUAAUUUUUAAAAUGACUGACGAUUUAAGAAAAAAUAAAACUGGCAUUAUCCCUAGUAAA